AUGGCCUCCAACGCACAGGGCCAGACGAAGAAGUUUCAGAAGGGCGAGAGGUUCAUUCCCUCCUCCACCGACAAGGCCCUCAAAUACUACCCGGCAGAAGAGGCGGCGGUGGCAAGAAAGCCCCGCAAGACACCACAACCAUACAAGGCCCGAGCCUCCCUCACACCCGGCAAAGUCCUCAUCCUCCUCGCCGGCCGUUUCCGAGGCAAGCGCGUGGUCCUUCUUAAAGUCCUCGACCAAGGCGUUCUCCUGGUGACCGGUCCCUUCAAAGUCAACGGUGUGCCCCUCCGCCGCGUGAACGCCCGCUAUGUCAUCGCCACCAAGACCUCGAUCUCACUAGACGGCAUCGACAGCGCCACCGUCGACAAGGUUGGCGGCGCAGGCUACUUCGCGCGAGACAAGAAGGCAGACAAGAAGGGCAGCGAAGAGGCCUUCUUCAACCAGGGACAGGCGAAGAAGAAGGAGGUUGCGAGCGACCGUGCUGAGGACCAGAAGAAGGUCGACAAGGCGCUUCUGGCGGCCGUGAAGAAGGAGCCCAUGUUGCAGAGCUAUCUCGGCAACCAGUUCAGCUUGAGGAAGGGUGACCGGCCGCACGAGAUGGUGUUCUAG